CAUCAAGAAACGGAAGCCGGAAGAGAACAUGACUCUUCAGUCAGUGUGCCGCACUGUCUUCUGUCACCCCGGGAGAAAUGCGUUCCGCUGCUGGAUUGUCUUCUUGAGUCCAAGUCAAGUGAAAGUCUAUCCUGAUGCUGACUGGACGCAGAAAUCUCACUUGGACAUUUUUAUUGCUCGCCCACAGAAGACUAUCUGCCGGGCGGAGCUUAAUCUCACCCUCUGCCCUCUGCUCUUCUGCCUCGACAGUUUCAUCCAUCCCAACAUCUCUGCCUCCACCUCUGCACAGUCGCAGCUUCCUGACAAACCAACAAACCUCAGUUCCCCUGCGGCCAUUUGCUCAUCUCUCCUCCACCCGCUCCCUCUGUCAUUCCACUCACUGUCCGGGCCUGAUGGAGCUGAAAGAGGUUCUGCAGGUGCUGGAGCAGCUUGCUCCUCUGUCACUUGCCGAGUCUUGGGACAACGUAGGCCUGUUGGUCGAACCAAGCAAACGUCGGCCUGUUAAAACCAUCCUACUAACCAAUGACCUUACAGACGCUGUCAUGGAGGAAGCAGAGACCAUGAGCUGCGAUCUCCUAAUCUCAUACCACCCGCCGUUGUUUCGGCCAAUCAAGCGUCUUGUUCAGAAAGAUUGGAAGCAGCAGUUGGUUGUGCGGGCCGUGGAGGCGGGGAUGGCAAUCUUCUCCCCUCACACUUCAUGGGAUAGUGUCAAAGGAGGGGUCAAUGACUGGCUGGUUGGGGGACUUGGUAGCGGCCAGGUGUCUGUGCUGAGUCAGGGUCUCGGUGGCGCCCCCCACAGUCACAAACUGGAAUUCAUGGUCAGGAGCACAGAGGAGCUGAACACGGUCAUGGAGGAACUGAAGGCCUGCGAUGGUGGAACAAUACAACAGCAUUCGAUUAACAGACCAGAUAAUGAUGGGAUCCAUGUCAGUGUAACCUGCAGUGACUCAGCGCUGACCCUCAGUGUCCACGCUCUGCUAAAACACACCGCUCCCAGCCAGUCCCUGAGCAUUGUAAAGUUAGAGAAGCCCCCUCUCCCGGGCCACGGCCAAGGGCGACUCAGUGUUUUGGACCAGCCAUUAACCGUUGCAACAGCCAUCCAGAAAAUGAAGUCUCACCUGGGUCUGAAUCACCUUCGUUUGGCUUUAGGAUUGGGGCUGACACUAGAGUCCUCUGUGUGUACUGUGGCUGUGUGUGCUGGAUCAGGGGCCUCAGUGCUGAGUGGUGUCAAAGCAGACCUCUACAUCACAGGCGAGAUGUCCCACCACGAAGUGCUGGACGCUGUGGCGCAGGGAAGCAGUGUCCUCCUCAGUGAUCACAGCAACAGUGAGCGAGGUUUCCUGACCUCGUUCAGGGAGAGGCUGGCCGUGCGUAUUCCUGACAGUGUUGCGGUGGUGGUGUCAAAGGCAGACAGAGACCCGCUGGAGGUGGUCUGACCAGUUUGAGCUGUCGCUGUUUCAGUCGUUCACAUUUGUGGGGUGAAUGUUUUGAUCAGUUUUUCUUACAAAAAAAAGCAAUGUUUGCUUUUUGGCUUUGGCAGAUACAAAGUGUGAGAAUUGAUUGCAUAAAAAAAAAAAAUAGAAUCUUUAUGUAAAGCCAUAAAAACAUGCUGAGUGGUAUUUCUGAAAACAACUGUGCCUCAUUUAAUGAUGAAAUGUGCUUCCUUGGUACAUGUAUUUCUGGCAGGCUCUUAAAAAAAUGGAUCCCUGGUUGAUCCAAAAAUUUAAUGAAUCUUCUAAUCUGUAAUCUGAAUCAAUGAGAUUAAAAGGAUUGUUGUUUCAUCAUAAACAUGCUGGAGGAAAUCA